AUGGACCAAGCUGCGCAAAUACUAGAAGUGGCACAUCAUGUAUACGCUCGUGCAGAAAACGAGGCAGAGCAUGCCACUCGACCGCCCUCGUUCAAAAUUAUUGGUAUCCUGCUCGCCGUCGGCUCCGGCUUUUUCAUCGGUACCUCCUUCGUUGUCAAGAAGAUGGGCCUGCUAAAAGCCAACGAAAAGUACAACGAGGUGGCUGGCGAGGGUUACGGAUACCUCAAGAACGGGUGGUGGUGGGCGGGCAUGACCCUCAUGCUGAUAGGGGAGGUUUUGAACUUUGCGGCCUACAUGUUCGUGGACGCUAUCUUGGUCACCCCUCUCGGCGCUCUCUCCGUCGUCGUCGCUACUGUCGGCUCCGCCAUGGUCCUCAAAGAACGGCUGAGUAUGAUCGGCAAGGUUUCUUGUUUUCUGUGCAUUGUCGGCUCCGUCGUCAUUGUCCUCAACGCGCCACAAGAGUCCGCUGUCGCCAAUAUUCAACAGUUUCAGAAAUUCGUCAUCACGCCGAGCUUUCUCUCCUACGCAGGUGUCAUUAUUCUGGCCUCAGCAAUCACGGCUUGGUAUGCUGGCCCCAGAUGGGGAAACAAGAAUAUGUUGGUAUACAUCUCCAUCUGCAGCUGGAUUGGCGGUCUCAGUGUUGUCUCUACUCAAGGCUUGGGCUCGGCCAUCGUUGCCCAGGCCGGAGGCGAGCCCCAGUUCAAGGGAUGGUUUAUCUAUAUCGUCAUCGUGUUCUUUAUUGCCAGUCUUUUGACUGAGCUUAUUUACUUGAAUAAAGCGCUGAACUUGUUCAACGCAGCCAUGGUUACUCCCACCUAUUACGUGUAUUUCACGAGCACGACCAUCAUUACUUCGGCGGUGUUGUUCAAAGGCUUCAAGGGAACAGCAGUCUCCAUUGUUACCGUGGUCUUUGGUUUCUUGACCAUCUGUUCCGGCGUUGUCUUGCUUCAGCUUUCAAAAUCCGCCAAAGACGUGCCCGACGCCGCUGUCCUUUCUGGAGACCUGGACCAGAUGCGCACCGUCGCAGAGCAGGAACAGCCCGAAUCCGAACCAAAGGCCGACGCCCUCAGAGGUGCCGCUGCAAUUGUCAGACGUUUAUCAUCAGCCAGGCAGCAGAAGAUGGAGAUUGAGGAAUUGAAGCGAUUACACGAAGAAAAGAUGAUGGAGACCCUCGAAACAGUUGGCGAGGAGGGCCCCGUGUACGAAUGGGACGGACUAAGACGGAGAAGGACGACAUUGGGCUCCAACUCGGCAAGUCAACGAUCAAGAGCUACGACCUCGGCAACCUUCCAAAUCCCGCCUCCAACACCACACCCGCCCCUUGGAUGGUCACAUUUCCCGACAGACGAAGAGCUCGCUGCAGCCGAUAGACCCGCUUCACCUGCCCUCUCGAAUAUCGUCGGCUCCAUCCGCAACCGUGCGCGUAGUGUCCUCCUCCCCGGCCACCCCAACUUUCGCCCCAACUCAGCAUCCAACAAGAUGCAAAGUCCCAUGCAUCCUGUUCAGUUGACAGAGAUCGCAGUACCGGCGCAAAACUUCGACGAGGAGACAGGGUAUUACCCCCAGGGAACUGCUGCCGGGCCCUCUUCAAAGGGAUAUUUGUAUGACAGACCAGGAAGUAGAGGUAGUAUCUCCAGUUCCGGGCCUCGGGUACAAUUUUCCACCGAAGCCAACCACCCAUCUAGCAGCACGCUCGCCCCUCCUCUAGCUCCUCCUCCCCCAAGAACACCAAUGGGUGCCAGUAGGCAGUUUUCCUUCCAAAGCGUCUUCAAGCGCGGCGAUCGACAGAGCCAGCACGCCCAUACGCAAAGCGACGGUGCCCACUCCCAACAAUCCUCUCACUCUAAUAAGGAAAGAGAUAAAUUCACCACCCACCUCGGCCUCUCCGCGCCACACAUAAUACGGGGCGCAUCUGAGGAGGAGACGCUGGGGCUCGUCAAGGGCGACUCGCGCAACUCUCGGACCACGCCGCGCGCAUCGAAGCACUAUGAUGACGACGAUGACGACGAGGGUUCCGAAGAGUUCGAGGAUGUCGGGCGGUACAUGGACGAGAAGCAAUCGCGAUACGGCCCGAGCAUCACGCACAGUCCGCCACGUGCUCCAGGAGCUACCGGGCAACAAUAUCCCGGCGGCGAGGUGGAGGAUGUGGAAAAGGAGUAUAUUGAGCAUGUGGAAAGUGGUGGACAAGGGCAGGGGCAAGGACAGCAGCAGCAAAGGUCAGCAAGGGACGAUUCGACUUCGUACCGGGAACGAUUGAGGAGGCUUAGGGAGCAAGAACGUCGUAACAACAGCGGGAGUGGCUCGGGCCCGUCGCCGCCUUCCAAGUCGAAUUCGGGUCGUGGAGAUGGCGGAGGUUUCAUUUGA